AUUAAGCCAGAACUCGAGGUGGUGAUCCCAGGUCUGCACUCACACAGGGCGGCCGCGGCCCUCGCCUCCAGACUGCGUCUCACCGCGACCACCUUGAGACGGAGGAGAUAGUAUCCUUGGCGAGACGGAGGUCCCAGGGAGGGCACUCGCCAGUCUCUCUCCUGCCUGCCUUGGAUACUGCAGCCCCGCGCCUGCUCACGGUCCCUGUUGCUCCUCCAGCUGCCCGCGGCCUGCUCUUGCCUCCUGUUGCUGCCUGCUGUCCGUGUGUCCUGCUUGGCCCUGGAGCGCCAGGCAUGGGCUAGGGUGACCUGCUGCUGCGGCUGACGGACCACAAACGGGAACAGCGCAGCGCCUCCACGAGAAAGUGAACGCAGGAGGCGUCCAGGUGCUGCGCCGUGCAUUACGACGAUGUAGUGAGUCUCGAGUCCUGCGUGUUCUUGUGUCUCCGCAAUCGUUCGUCAUGGGACCAGGGUCGACGAGUGCGCCCAGAAGGGCGGGGGUGUGGGUGUGUGUCGUCGCUGCAGUGGUGUGGGCGGCGGGCGGGUGUGCAGCGGGCGUGGGCGUGUGGAUGGACGACGGGAAUGGGCGCACGGUCCUGGCUGACAGGUUGGACGCUGAGGAAGCCGCGGAUCUGGCGCAGGACAUGCUGGACCUCCUAGACCUCCCCGCGCCGCCCGCCAUGGUGGGCCACCACCGUCACCACCACCGCGCCCACCGUGCUCACGGCUCGGCGCCCACCUGGAUGAAGAACAUCUACAACACCCUCGACGAGCACGGCCACGCCAACGCGCCCAACAUGGACGACGUGCACCGCGAGACCGUCACGGCGGCCGACACCAUCAUCACCUUCGUCAACAGAGAUCCGCCAACGGGUCGCCCAGCGCACGGCGCCAACAAGCGGCUUUACUUCGACGUGAAUGACGUUCCUCUGGACCACUCGCUUCUCGGGGCGGAAAUCCAGGUCCAUAGGCAGCCUGGUUUUGAUGAGGUGGUCACAUUGCACGUGUAUGUGAUCACUGACGAGCAAGGGAGCGAGUCGAAGGUGGCGCGGGUGAGCCUGAGCGAGCCCGGCUGGGUCACGGUGAAUGUCACGCGGCCCGUCCUCUCGUGGCUCAUCUUCCCCGACACCAACUACGGCCUCCGGCUGGCGGUCACGUCGCCGGGAUACAAACACGAGCGGCAUUUCCAUGAAGUGGGGAUAUCUGGCUCUCAUGACGAGGAAGACUACAGGCCCUUCAUGGUGGGCUUCUUCGCUCUCCCGGCCAGCGCCCACAAGAAGAAGAGGAUCAGGACGGCCCGCUCAGUGUCCAGGCCCGCCAUUAGUAAACCCAGGAAAUACAGAGAUCUAGCAGACAGGCAAGUGGGGUCGGAGACGGCGUGCAAGAUGAAGCACCUGCACGUCUCCUUCCGCGACCUGGGCUGGGAGGACUGGGUCAUCGCGCCUGAGGGUUACGAUGCCAAUUACUGCGAAGGGCGUUGCAUUUUCCCCCUCCACGCUGAGUUGAACGCCACGAACCACGCCCUUGUGCAAACGCUGGUGAAAGUGGUUGGCGACGUCGCGGACGAGACGGAGGUUCCCCCCAACGCUUGUUGUGCGCCCAUCGACCUAGCGACGAUACCCGUCUUGUACUAUUCUUUUGAUAACAAUAUUGUCCUCAAGAAAUAUCCUAUGAUGAUUGUCAAAACCUGUGGCUGUCAGUAGAAAAUAGUUGUAAAGAACAAUUUUAUGAUGUUGAGUGUAAGAUUAUAUAUAUAUAUAUAAAUAUAUGUAUACUGCCUUGCAUAUUCUAUCUGUCCGUGUUUAGGCUUUUUGUUAUAAUAAUCACAGAUUUUUGGCUAUCUCUCUUAAUCCCUAAUAGUUUUUUUCUACUUGACUACAAAAUAUAUCGAGUUUUUAAUUAAAUCUAUGUAAAUAGUUUGGUGUGUUUGUGAGAGAUGAGAACAAGAAACAAGAAAGAAAAUAACCGAAAAAGGAUUUAUUUUGCAAAUAGUUUUAAUCACCUCCAGCCUGUAUACUUAACUGAUAAUUUACUCAAUCAGAAUGCAUGUGAAACUUUUUUUUUUUUUUUUUGUAUUUCGUUUCCAGAUUAUUAGAUUUAGUUUUUCUUCACUAUCAGUGAUAUGGACUUUCAAUACUGAUCUAAUACAGUUGCAUCUUCUAAAUAAUCCAGAUAUUCCAGAAAUAUUUAGUGCCUGUACAUAAGAAAAUGUUUUGUAACUAACAGGUCUACAUUCAUUGACUUAGCUGCAUGUGUAUAAAAUGAAGUUAAGGAAAUUA